UGGAAAAAGUAUCAACAAUCAAUCUACUCACGUAAAAAAAUAUGUGUUUUUAGAGACUUUAUUUGGGGUUUUUCGUGCCAAUAAUAAUAAAAAACAAAUCAGAAAUGUCCGUAUAUCCUGUGGACUUCAUAAAGGAAUAUGAUGUUAACUAUAAAGUGGACACUACAACAGCUGCCUCCGUGGCACAGCAAAACGAUAAUCCCGUCGAAGAGCGAAACGAUGACGAUAAUAAGCUGCUACAAAUCAGUGAGGUAACGGGACAUGACGAAAUUCAUUCGAAGCCUGCAAAACGUAAACGAAAAAAGCGACUUCUGGUUACCAAGAAAGAACUAAAGAAAUCUGAGGGCCAUAAACGGCGCAGACAAGCGAGACAUGUCAUUACUGAGGCUUGCUCAUGCUACCUGUCCUGUCCGCGUAAGAUUAGUCCCGAGCAGCGCCAGGUGUUGAACGAUCUUUACUGGAAAAUGGAACACGUUGACCAAAAAAAGUUUGUCAAAAGGUAUUCUGUACAAGGCAAGGUUAAAAGAAGACGAGUUCCUGUAGAUCCGCUGGGAGGAAUGGAUGUCAAAAAAGCCUAUACGUAUUCGUUUUAUUUACCGGACGGCAAGGGAGAGUUACAAACGGUGUGCUGUACGUUCUUUCUCAAUACACUGGGGUAUCGUAAGGGAUGCGGUAAUCACAUAUAUCGCGCCCACUCGAAAGAUUGCCUCAGUGACAAACGAGGAAAAUAUGAACGGGAUCGUUCGUUGCGAGACGCCAUCUGGGAUGAUAUUCUAUCUUACUCACCGCGAACGUAUCACAAAGGACUCAAGUAUAGUGCAACAGCGCUUUAUUUACCGACACAAUUGAAUGCAAAAAUGAUGCAUGCAGAUUUCAAAGCAAGAAGAGAACCAUUUGGUGAAAAGCCUGGUAGUGCUAGCUUUUAUUGUGCGAUACUUCGUGAAAUGGAUGUACACUUUGUGGAAAUGGAUGAUUUCGAAAUACCGGAACGAAAACCAAUUAUUGCACUACCCCCUCAACCUCUGUUUUUACCAGAACCGUCGUCAAUUCCAGAAACAAUAUCAGAACAAGCUCCAAUUCCUAAAGAAGUAUACGAAGCUCAUGGAGAAGACUUGUGUCCAUCUGAAAAUUCUGCAACUCAGCUGUACAGUCAUCUUACUGUUCAUCCAACCACAAUGCAACAAUACACGACAGAAGAAUCCGGUCCGAUUUAUCCUCAAGCGAUAGAAUCUAAACCGCUCGAGUUGUACUAUCCAAGCGUUCCACAGGAGUGUCCUCCUCCUUUUCAAUAUAACGUGAAACAAGAGCCGUAUUACGGACUUCCGCUAGAAGAAGAGACAGAUUAUAUCAAAGAUAAUGAUGAUUAUUCUGAUUCUUACUCCAACAUGGCAUCGGAACCAAGCUACCAUGAACCUUCGUAUCACGUGGAACCAUGCCAUGAAACAGUCAAAUGCGAAGAUAACGAACUAAUACAACCGAUGAAUUCGCCAACGCACGAGGAUAGGCCAGUUUUCAAAUUUGAAAUGUCUGCACCCAAGCAAUCACUCGAAGCACUGCCAGCGGAAUCUAUUUCUGAAAGUAAACCAAUCAAACACAGAAAAGCAAUCAAGCUAAGUGUCAAUCCUGAUUUGCUCGUACUACCAGAAGGAUACCCGCCCGUUAAACGAACGAAGAAAUACAUCGCGAAAGUAAGCAAUCUGGUUAGGAGAAAACAGUCGCAUCCUGUAUUGCAUCUGGAAUGCAACUGUCAUCUGAAUUGCCGGGAAAAGAUAAGCGCAGAACAGCAGAUCCGCAUCAACGAUCAGUAUUGGAGUAUGAGAUUUGCGGAACAGCGUAUGUUUAUGCUGGAACACACCGAACGGCAUGCGAUCAAGCGGCGUCGAACGAAAGUACCAAUUGAUGGACCGGUUCGGAAAAGUUGUACCUACUCGUACCGGCUGACAGAUGAAAGCGGCAACUAUCAACCAGUGUGCUGUCAAUUCUAUCUGAACACUAUUGGUUUCGGAGCAGGAAGUGGCAAUGUAAUCUACCGAGCGCACCAGGUUGAACUGAGUGAAGCUAUCUGCGACAAACGAGGGAAGUUUGCCCGUGACACCACCUUGCGGGAUGCGAUGGAUGAUGAUAUUCUAUCAUACUUCAGUAUCGAACAGCAGGAAAGUGGGGCUACCUUGGACCUCUCCGCCACGGAUUGGUCACCGAAAAGGAUGUACACACAGUACGUCCAAAGACAAACGGCUAAUGGUAUUGAUAAACCGGGCAGCUUUGGUUUCUACUGGAGAAGAGUGAGGCACAUGAAUGUACAAUUUGCACCGAAGUCGGAACCGAGGGCAAACAAAAAGAAGAAACGAUUACCAGUUUCAAUUCUAAAGCAACCGGAAACGGAACCAGAUGUCAAAGUUCCGUCAGCAUUUUCGUGUAGCUUCACUAUGUCGCAGUAGUCCAUUGCUAGCACGAACUUCGGACAUUUUGCAAUAUAAGUAUUUUAGUAUUUAUUUGUAAAUAUAGACGUAACAUUCUAAUUAAGGAACCACGAAA